AUUAGUAGCCUGAAACUCUCAUUGUAAAGUGCGAAAUUUGCAACAAAAUUUUUACUUCCAUUUUGCGUUGGAUUUAUUGCAAUCCGUUAGUCACUAAAUAAGUUAAAACGGCGAUUAGAGCGUGGAGAUUGCGAGGUCGCAUCAUUGUACAUAGUCCCAAAGUGCGUGUAGUGUAAAAUACGAAAGUUAAUGCCGCUUGUGCGAAAUUGAAAGCAAACGCAGAAGCAAAACCAAAAGCCACACUCAUUACGACGCAACGACGAAGCACUGCAGCAAAAGAGGCGGCAAAAACGGGAAGAAGAAGCAGCGGGGCAGCAUUAGCAGCAAAGAAUCGGAACAAAAAAAAAAGACUCGCGUCAAGCUUUUUUUUUGCUGAAAAUCGUGCAGCUUAAAAAUAUCAAAAUAUAUAGCCCGACGCCAAAGCGGAGUGCAUCGGAAUCGAAAUAUAUUGAUUGUUUAUUGAAACUUGAAGCAAGCGAGUCGAGUCACGCGGUUUUUUUUACAUUUCGUACGCUUUUAAAUGCGAAUUUUGGAGCUGCAACGGCAGCUGUGGGAAAAUGUGUUAAAACGGAAAACACGGCGCAAAAAAUAAAGAACUUAAAUCAAAAUAUAUGUGUGCACGUUUUGAAGUUUCUUCCCCACAUGUCGUUUCUACGUGCUUAAGUUGUGUGCUAAACCAAAACAGGGAGAGAAUCAAAUAAUAUCCAUAAUUUUAUAAACCAAAGUCUAAUUAAAAGGAUAAAUAUAAAAGAAAAUACAAAGAAAAGAAAUAUCCUCAAAAUCCGCGCCAACAACAAAAACCAACUCACACACACACACAUACAGAACCCCCGAAAGAAAGGGAAAGAAACGGAGCAGAGCGCGAGCGCAGCUCCUUGGCCUUUCUUUUGUUCUUGUUUUGUUGUUGUAGCUUGGCUUAAUUGUUUGUUGUUGUUGUUGCCGUCGCUGCCGCUGCUAAAAUCGACGCAAACUGUUCAACUGUCAUGGCCGGUAAUGGAGAGGCGUCCUGGUGCUUCUCACAGAUUAAAGGCGCCCUAGACGAUGAUGUCACGGAUGCGGACAUCAUAUCCUGCGUGGAAUUCAAUCACGAUGGCGAACUCCUGGCCACUGGCGACAAGGGCGGUCGCGUCGUCAUCUUCCAGCGUGAUCCUGCCUCGAAAGCCGCUAAUCCGAGACGCGGCGAAUACAAUGUCUACUCGACAUUCCAGUCGCACGAGCCCGAGUUCGAUUACCUCAAGUCGUUGGAGAUCGAGGAGAAAAUCAACAAGAUCCGGUGGCUGCAACAAAAGAAUCCCGUUCACUUUCUGCUCUCGACCAACGACAAGACGGUCAAGUUGUGGAAGGUGAGUGAGCGCGACAAGUCGUUCGAGGGCUACAACACGAAGGAGGAGAACGGACUGAUCAGGGAUCCCCAGAACGUGACCGCCCUGCGUGUGCCCUCCGUCAAGCAGAUACCGCUGCUGGUGGAGGCCUCGCCCCGGCGCACCUUCGCCAAUGCACACACCUAUCACAUCAAUUCAAUUAGCGUCAACUCCGAUCAGGAGACGUUCUUGUCGGCCGACGAUCUGCGCAUCAACCUCUGGCACCUGGAGGUGGUCAACCAGAGCUACAACAUCGUCGACAUCAAGCCGACGAACAUGGAGGAGCUAACCGAGGUGAUCACGGCGGCCGAAUUCCAUCCGACCGAGUGCAAUGUGUUCGUCUACUCGAGCUCCAAGGGCACAAUACGCUUAUGUGAUAUGCGAUCGGCGGCGCUAUGCGACCGGCACAGCAAACAGUUCGAGGAGCCAGAGAAUCCAACGAAUCGCAGCUUCUUCAGCGAGAUAAUCAGCUCCAUCAGCGAUGUCAAGCUGAGCAACUCGGGUCGCUACAUGAUCUCCAGGGACUACUUGAGCAUCAAGGUCUGGGAUCUACACAUGGAAACGAAGCCCAUUGAGACUUAUCCUGUGCAUGAAUACCUGCGCGCCAAGCUGUGCUCGCUGUAUGAGAACGACUGCAUCUUCGACAAGUUCGAGUGCUGUUGGAACGGCAAGGACAGCUCGAUAAUGACCGGUAGCUACAACAACUUUUUCCGGGUGUUUGACCGCAACUCGAAAAAGGAUGUGACGCUAGAGGCGUCGAGGGACAUCAUCAAGCCGAAGACGGUGCUGAAGCCACGAAAAGUUUGCACUGGCGGCAAACGGAAGAAGGACGAGAUCAGCGUGGACUGUCUCGACUUCAACAAGAAGAUCCUGCACACCGCCUGGCAUCCCGAGGAGAACAUCAUCGCCGUGGCUGCGACCAACAACCUAUUCAUAUUUCAGGAUAAAUUUUAGCCAACACUCUCCAACAAACAAUACACAGUUACAGUAACACCAACCAACACAAGAAACACGCCCCACUUCAAGGUCAACUCAAUCGGUUGGUUUUCUAAACAGAAGCCUUUUCAAUCUUCACUUGCAAUUCGAUUGUUUGCCUAACACAUCAUUACCUCAGUGCCCCUACACCCCCUGAUCCGUUGUCCUUCAAACUACUCCCUCCCUUCCCUAAGAAAAAACCAAAUGCGACAACACCACAAACACACACCUACAUCAUACAUAAUGCCAUAGCAAAAGCUUUGUAAUGUAUUUUUGCAAGAGAAACUGAAACACUUACAAGAGAAUUGAGAAGAAGAAAGGAUAAAGAUUUUUAUACAUAACAUUUAUGAAUAGAGAAGCGUAAAGUUUAUUUUCUUGUAGCGCAAUUCAAAAACCACACUAAGAGUAAUAUAUAUAAUUGAUUUUCCCAUUUUCCCAAACAACAUUUUUUGUAUAAUUUGCGCCAGCGCGGAAGUAUUUGUAAUAAAAGAUAAUAAUAUACCAUUUAAAA